GACACACUUUAACGUUUAACACUUUACAAGCAUUUGUCCAUUAAACAUGUGACGGUCAUUUGGAGAAAACACAGAACAGACACAUUAGUGCUUGCUUGAUCUCUUGUUUUCUCUCUUCUUCACCCUCGGCUUUGCUCUCCUUCAUUCCUCUAAUUGGCACCUCAUUAGGGAAUUCAUGAUUGGAGGAUGAGGCAGGUGCCAGCGGAGCCUUGUUAGUGUGUGUGUGUGUGUGUGUGUGUGUGUGUGUGUCUUUGUUUAGGCAGAAUAAAUGUGAAGCUGAUUAUGUUCCAUUCACCCAUGUUGAACCCUGACACAUUCCCUCUGACGCACACACACACACCUCUGGCACUGCCAGUUGUACUGAGAACUGCACGCUACAUAGUAUUGUGUACUUUAUUUAGGGUGUGAUUUAUGAAGAUAAACACUACGGUGAUCACGUGGCCUUGUGAUAUGCUUGUUUGAUUCAGCCAGCACCGGUGCAGAGUACACAGCGUACUGCCGUACUGCAGCAGCAGUGGUAUGGAAGUAUGCCACUCUAAACACAGCCUGCACAAUGUUCCUUUGAAUGUUUGUCUCAUGUUUUUCUUGUGUUUCCAGCGCAGAGAGACGCAGUGUGAGUGUGUGAUGACACGUCAACAUGUGGAUGAGCGCAAACACGCUUUAGGUCAUUACAUUGACCUUUGACCUUUAUUCAGAGAGAGAGAGAGAGAGAGAGAGAGUGAGAGGGGUGACUCACAAACUCGGUAUGAAGCGGUGAUUCAGGCACUUUCUCACAUUCAGUACAAGACACACACACACACACAGACGGCAGAAGAGUGUGUGUUGGGCAGACAGUGGAGGGUCUCCACACACAGACAGAAGAUGUAUCUCAUGAGGAUCUGUGUGAUUGGACUUCUGGGACUGCUGAAGGAGAAUCUGGCUAAUGUUCUGGACAGCAUGCUGCUGAGGAAUUCUGGGAAGCUGGAGGAGGGUCAUGUGACAGGAAGUGCUGGAACGGCUCAUCCGAAGCAUUUCCUGUGGUGUCACUGCUACCAUCACUGCCCAGAGGACUCCAUCAAUAACACCUGCAGGACGGACGGUCACUGCUUUACUUUGGUAGAGGAAGAAGGAGGCGUCGCUGUGUUUACAUCAGGCUGUCUCGGUUCAGUGGGAUCAGAGUUUCAGUGCAGAGACACAGGAAACUCAAAACAGAGACGAUCACUGGAGUGCUGCACAGAUCAAGACUACUGUAACAGACAUCUACACCCAACACUACCUCCACUACACACACACAGUUUUGUGGAUGGAGACAUUCAUCACAUCGCUCUUCUCAUCUCAGUGGGCGUCUGUAGCUUCAUCCUCACCUUCAUCAUCAUAUUCUGUUACUUCAGGUAUAAGCGUCAGGAGCUAACACCACGGUACACUCUGAGUCUACAUCAGGAUGAGACGUUCAUUCCUCCCGGAGAAUCUCUGAGAGAUCUGAUCGAACAGUCUCAGAGCUCCGGCUCAGGGUCAGGCCUCCCCCUGCUGGUGCAGCGCACUAUAGCCAAACAGAUCCAGAUGGUGACCCAGAUCGGGAAGGGCCGCUACGGAGAGGUGUGGAUGGGUCGAUGGAGAGGAGAGAAAGUGGCCGUGAAAGUGUUUUUCACCACGGAGGAGGCCAGCUGGUUCAGAGAGACGGAGAUCUAUCAGACCGUCCUCAUGAGACAUGAGAAUAUACUUGGCUUUAUAGCAGCGGACAUCAAGGGAACGGGCUCGUGGACUCAACUUUAUCUCAUCACCGAUUACCACGAGAACGGCUCGCUGUACGACUAUCUGAAAUCCACCACGCUGGACAGCAGGUCCACGCUGAGACUGGCGUAUUCGUCCAUCUCGGGUCUCUGUCAUCUCCACACGGAGAUCUUCGGCACGCAGGGAAAACCCGCCAUCGCUCACCGAGACCUGAAGAGCAAAAACAUCCUGGUGAAGAGAAACGGGACCUGCUGUAUCGCUGACCUCGGCCUGGCUGUCAAAUUCAUCAGCGACACAAAUGAAGUGGACAUCCCGCUGAACACGCGCGUGGGCACCAAACGCUUCAUGGCUCCUGAAGUUCUGGACGAGACUCUGAACACAAGUCACUUUCAGUCGUACAUCACGGCAGAUAUCUACAGCUUCGGCCUCAUACUGUGGGAGAUCGCCAGGAGAUGCGUGUCUGGAGGUAUCGUGGAAGAAUAUCAGCUGCCGUAUCACGACCACGUUCCCAACGAUCCGUCAUAUGAAGACAUGAGAGAGGUGGUGUGCAUAAAGAGAAUACGACCGUCAUUCCCCAACCGCUGGACCAGUGAUGAGUGUUUAAGGCAGAUGGGGAAACUCAUGACGGAGUGUUGGGCUCACAGUCCCGCGUCUCGACUCACUGCCCUUCGAAUCAAAAAGACUCUGGCCAAGAUGUCAGAGUCGCAGGACAUUAAAGUCUGAGGACAGACCAACAGCGCGGAUGUCAAGUGAGAAACAGACACGCCAUCUCGCCCACCUGAGUCCUGCCGUGGGUUUGCCAGAGCAUCCACAAGCCAAGCGACGGAAGCAGAGCGACAGCCGUGUGUUCUCGCUGUGAAAUCUGCAUCAACGUGUGAUGUUAGUCGUCCACUAACUGAACCCGUGAGCACCGGUCAGUGGAUCUAAUGGAGCGAGACGGAGCUCACGUCUGGAGUCAGUUCAGGAAAACUCGUGUGUGUUGUUGUUGUUGUUGUUGGACUGGUCUCUUCAGCUUUUAUUCUUUUGAAUCGUGUUGUCACUAACCUUGUCAAACUGUCAUGGAACAAAUGUGACGGUUGAUGUUGAAAAUGUGUUUGAUGUCUUGAAAGCUGUUUGUUGGGCUGUGCCUUAUUUAUUGUGUAUGAGGAUAAAAACACGAAGGGAGCGUCGACGUGCUUGAAUAAAUGUUUGAAUAACACUGAAUUUGUUUUUUCAUACUUUAUCACUUUGGAUGAAUGUGUCUGCUACAGAAAACGAAUAAAUGCUUAAAAAAAGUAC